AUGGAGAAUAUCGACGAAAAAAACUCGACUACUCUGUUGGAGACUAACACGUCAACAGAGGCAGGUCGUGCCGCGGUAGGUCGUGCCAUGGAAGGUAUUACGUUGUUAAAUGUGAAUAAACGUAUCUAUCGAAUUCCGACAAAUACUCUGCCCAAAGAUUUUGUAAUAAAAAAUCAAAAUGAACUAAUAUUGAAAGUGGCGGAUAAUAAAGAAAUUGCAUUAUUACAACGUGGGUUUUUCUCAAAAGGAAAAGGCGGAAAGACAUUAAAUAGCAUUCAAAGAGAAACUUCAACACGUAUUCAUUGUUCACGUGAUGUAAUUGAGAUAAGGGGAACCCAAAAAGCUAUCGAAUUGGCAAAGAGCCGGAUCGAUGAAAUAGUAAAUGCGUCAUCCAAUAAAAUAAAAGCAACACAUUUCCUUUCACUUCCAAUUACCGAUUCUCACAUUCUUAGAAAAGUCGAGACUUUUCAUUCCGAUGUUUUGUCACUAUCAGUACCGGGAAUCGAACCAUCAAUUCUGAAUAAUCCUUCAUCGCUUCACAUCACUCUAGGAUUGUUAGUUUUACCUCGACAAGAAGAUGUUGAAGGUGCUACGCGUUUAUUAAAAGAGUUGUCAUCGGAAAUAUAUGAUUUGGUUGGUACUAGGACUCUGUUAGUUCAAUUAGCUGGGUUGAAUACUUUUGAUAAUCCAGCAAGUGCGAGUGUAUUAUAUUCAAAAGUGACAGAGCCAGAAGGCCAAGAGGUUUUAGAAAAAUUAGUUGAAUUUUUACAUGAAAGAUUUUCGAAAUCAAGAUAUCUUAAAAAAGAAAACAGACCUGUAAAGUUUCACGUAACAUUAAUAAAUACUAAAUACCGUGGACGUGAAGACGCUACCACUACCACCACUCCUAAUCAGGGUGAUCGUAAUAAACAUUCAAUACCCUCGCGAAUUUCAUUUUCUGCUGAACUUUUUCUUAAUAAGUUCGCCGACAUUAACUUUGGAACUUGUCGGAUUGAGAGUCUGCACAUUAAUAAAAUGGGUGAGCGUGAUCCGGAGGGAAAAUAUAUUUCUGCGGGCAAAAUAAAUUUGCCAUAG